UAUUAAUCUUGUAUAAGAUAAGUCCCAUACAAGUAACGCAGAAUAAAAAAUAUUUUUAAUAAAAAAGUAAAAAGUAAUUUAUGCAAUAAUAAUACAUAGAUUCAAAUUGUUUCAAAAAAAAUCAAAUAUGUUAAUGUUAAAUACGACAUAUUCAUUCACACUUGAUCAAAAAAGGAAGAUUCACUUCUUAAGAGAAAAAAUCGAAAACAGCAAUGAUUUGAACAUCGGAAGUGAGGAUAUUUUCAUGUCAAAGUUUUUAUUCUACAGCAAUUGGGAUGUCGAAAGGGCUUUCGAAAAUAUAAGACGUUAUUAUGACUUUAAAGCUGAGCAUCCCAAAUGGUUGGCUCAUCAUACAGUGGAAUAUUUCCGUGAAGAGUUUCUGGACACUAAAGCGAAAUUCCUUAUGCCAUUGCCUGAUAAAAUGGGUCGACCCAUUGUAAUUUUUAAAUCGGUGGACUGUUUUAGCAAGUAUCCCAACUACUUGCAAGAUCUCAUUGAAAUGGAUGAUUUAGUGUUUGAAUCAUUGCUACUGAUACCUCAAGUACAGGAACGUGGAAUAACAAUUAUUUUCGACAUAAAUGGAAUUACCCGAAACUUUUUACCCAUGCUAUCACCACGUUUGGGUCGGUUGAUCAAUGAGAAAAAUAAAGUUCUUCCCUUUUCCCAAAGACACAUUCAUAUCAUACAAAGUGGAUUUCUAAUGAAUGCCGCCUCAUCUAUGAUAAUGCCAUUUUUAAGUCGGGAUUUUAAAGAGCACAUUUUCACACAUGAUGGAAAAAACUUUAAUAAAUUACGAGAUAUGAUUGGUUACGAAUAUCUACCAGCUGAAUAUGGUGGACCCAUUUCCAACCAAUUGAAUGUUGAUGUAUUACUCAAUCACUUAUUAAAGCAUUCCGAAUAUUUAUUAAAACUACAAACAUAUCACAAAAAAUGA